UUAUGCAGCUAAUUCUUCUUCCUAAUUGAUUUUGAAUAGUAAAAUAUAUUUGGAUAUGUAAAAUUAAUGACAUUUUGAGAAAUAUGGCUACAAUAGCCAUCACUUCUGAGGAUAUUUUGGUAACAUAUAAAUCUAAGAUUGAGGAAGCUAUACAGCUUUUAUUACACAUACCUCCGCAGUAUAAGGCUGAGGCUUGGCAGUUUUGGCAGAUAGUGACUCAGACAGUCAAGUUAUUCACCCAGUCUUGUAUCGAUGAAGCCACACCUUUUGCUCCACCCUCUGAUGUCCUUGUGGAUCAGCAGGCACCAGUACCUGCCCCAUUCUUCUCAACCCCAGGGAUAUCACCAAUAAAAGUGUUACCAAGUCCUAAAACUAAGUCAAAGAAAAAAUCUAAUUCCACAAAGGAAAACAAAUCAAGUCAAUCGAAAAAGAAAUCAAAGGAUAAAAAGAAAGUAAGCAAGAAACCUUCUGUCAAAAAGGAAGCAGAAAAGAAAACAGGAAAAAAAGACAAUGGUAAAACUUCUAGCAAAGGAAGCCCAGGGAAACCUGUGACGACUGAAAAUGAGGCUGAGGUGGCGGCUCAGACAUUGACUGAUGCGUAUACGACAGUGUUCACCCCUAUAUCAACGUUAGACUUCUCCGAUCUGAUCUCUAACCCUAACAGUGUUCAGAGUGUUCAUUUACAUUAUGAGGAGUCGAGCGAGGUGAUGGUAAAACCUGUGAUUCUUCUUCCACAGGACGAACAGAUCAUAGCCGCGGGUAGUGUAAGGACAGUCAGCUCCCAGGGUGAUGUUGAAGAAGACGGUGAUGAUGCAUUGGAAGCAUCGGAUGUUGUGUCACAAGAGAUUUUGAUUGAGAAUGUAGAGAUGCCAGUGAGUGAUAAAAACCAAAAAGAAAACAAAAGGCCGAAACGAAUAAGAUACAAAAGAAACAUGCGUGUGAAAAGAACCCAGACAGAUCCUGAUGUUGAUCCUAUAGCCAUAUCUAAAAAAGAAAAGCUGAAGGAAGAAAAACUACAAAAACUGAAAGAGGAAAAAGAGAAAAAACAGAAGAGGAAAUCUAUAAAGAAGCAGGGAUUUUUGUAUGAAGGACACAGUUAUUCUAAAGUUCCAGAUGAGGUUCUGGAAACAGUUGAUGAAGAGGAUUAUAAUGGGGGAGAUGAUCCAGGCCAGGAGGAGGAACCAGUCCAAGUGAUACUGACACCUGGGAGGAAAACACGGAAGAGGAAGGUGAAGGUGAAGAAGGAAGCCGUAGAAGAUCAGGAGUUUGAAGCUCUCAGUUUUCCACUUCCGAAGAAGUGUAGGAGAAAACGCAGGACGAAGGAGGAGAUGUCAAAGGCUACCUACGACUGUAAAACAUGUGGCAUAACUUUGUCUAGUCAGGGAGCACUGGAUGUCCACACGAGGUCCCACACAGGAGAACGUCCAUUUCAGUGUUCUAUGUGUCCAGACACGUUUACCACGAAAGGUAACCUCCAGCGCCACGAGAAGUACCACCAGGGAAUCAAACCGUUCACCUGCGAAAUCUGUGACACUAAAUUCACUGAGAAAAAGAGCCUCAAAGUCCACAUGAGGAUCCAUACAGGGGAAAAACCAUUUAAAUGUGAGCGCUGUGACAAAGCUUUCUCCCAGAGCGGCCCCUUGCAGGCCCACCUGAGGAUCCACGAGGGGGUGAAGCCCCACCAGUGUGAUGUCUGCGGUAAGGGCUUCAGGACCAGAAUGAAUCUGGUACUCCAUAAACGGCGGCACCACGAGGUCAAGAUCUUCAAGUGUGGGGAGGAAGACUGCACCAUGACGUUCUGUACAAAAAUGGAAUUACAGCGACACUUGGCAGCCCAUUCUAAACUGAAAGAUUACAUGUGUAACAUCUGCAAUAAGACAUACAGUCGCUUCCAGUAUCUGAAGGAACACAUGAACUCCCACACUGGAGAAACCCCAUUUGUUUGUCUGUACUGUCCGGAGAAAUUCAAAGAUCACGGCUCGUUUCACAAACACAAAGUCAAGCAGCACGGGGACCAGAUCGAGAUCCGGAGCAGGAAAUUAGAAAGAGUUCCGAUCGUAAACCUGGAGGAUCACAUCAGUCAGAGCUUAAAGAAAGAGGGGGGAGUGGAACAAGUGAAAGAAAAUAGUACAGCAACAUCCACGCCAGACAAUAAUGAAAUGUCUACCUCUGACAAUGUGAAUAUGUCCACGUCUGACAAUAAUGAUGUGUCCACUGCCCAGAAUAAUAGUGAAGUGCUCUUUUCUUCAGCGGGGGGGAUCCAGAUGUCCACUCUGACGACGCAGAAUGAAGACGGUGAAGUAGAGACUGUGUUACACGUUAUACUGAAUGAAUGGAAGGUUAUCGACUGAUACAGCUUUCAUUUUCAACUAACUAUCACACUUUUAUCUCAUAUAUACAUACCAUUUUAUAUCUUGUUUUUUUACAAAGUUGAUUAUUUAUAUAGCUUGUACAUUACAAGUAUUUAUGAGAUUAAAUUAAAUACUGCAUGCAGCAUUCU